GACAAUAUUUAUACAUCUGUGAUCUGUUCACUGUUGUUACUUCAAAAAUCAGCGUGAAAAACACGUGCUGUGACUUAAAACAUUAUUAUGAAAUAUCGUUUAUUACCGAAAAAUAUAUAGUUAUGUUAGAGUAAAUUGUAGGGAAAAUGCCUCCUUACAAAGCAGGGUUGUUGAAAAGAAAAAAUGAGUCCCAAGAGUCAAAAAACAGUAAUUCAGAAGACAAGAACACCACCAGUGCUGAUGAGGGAGAGGAGUUAGUGAAAGGCUUCCUGGAUGAUGAGGACGAUGCUGCAGACUCUGAGCCUGAGGAGGACGAACACUCAGACGGAGAAAGAGAUGAAGUUUUGUUUGAAGAACAUGAUUCAACAUUAGGUGAUGAUGAGCAGGAAAAUGAAACAUCAGAAGCUGAAUCUUCUGACCUGACCGAUUCAGAGGAAGUUGAAGAAACUGAUGAAGAUGAAGGUGACAGUAGUGAGAAUGAGGAACAGGUGAGCAGUGACAGUGGAGCAGACACUGGCAUGGCGCCGAUAACAACAGGCAGCAGUGAUGAGGCAGUUAGGAAGAUAGGAGGCAAGAAGAAAGUAAAACAAGUGACCAAGAAGACACAGGAAAAGAAGAAAAACAAUAAAACAAGUAUUGAAAUAAUGUCUGCUAAAAUACAAGAAGACAAAGUGACAGCACCCGUACAACAAAAAGAUGAGUACGAGUCUGGAGACACAUCGGACGAGGAGGACAGAACUAACACCGUGGGUGACAUUCCCAUGUGGUGGUACAAUGAGUACCCGCAUAUCGGAUACACCUUGGACGGCGAGAGGAUCAUCAAGCCACCACAGAGGGACCAGAUUGAUGAAUUCCUUAAGAAGUGUUCGGAUCCUGAUUUCUGGCGCACCGUAAAGGACCCACAGACGGGUCAGGACGUUGUGCUGGCUCCCAGCGACUUGAGAUUGCUGGAGAGACUCAGAGCCUCACGCCUGCCCUCCGACACUCACGACGACUAUGAGCCGUGGGUGGAGUGGUUCAGUCGCGAGGUGUUGGCGACGCCUCUGCGCGCCUUCCCAGAACACAAGAGAUCGUUCUUGCCGUCUCGCUCGGAGCAGCUCGCCGUCUCCAAGCUUGUGCACGCCCUUAAGAUGGGCUGGACGAAGACCAGAAAGGAGAUGGCCGCAGAGAGGAGGAAGAAGAAGGAGCGUGCCUUCUACGACUUAUGGUCGUCGUCGGCCACAUCUGCGACGGGCGGAGCGCGCGUGUUGCCCGCUCCGAAACGAGCGCUGCCGGGACACGCCGAGAGUUACAACCCGCCGGCGGAGUAUCUGCUGGAUAACAAGGAGAUGAAGGAGUGGGACUCGCUGGCGGAGACCCCUUGGAAACGAAAGUACACCUUCCUACCGCAGAAACACAGCUGCUUGAGAGAGGUGGAGGCGUUCCCGCGGUUCAUUCGGGAGAGAUUCCUGCGUUGCUUAGACCUGUAUCUGGCACCCAGAGCGAUCCGUAUGAGGCUGACCAUUAACGCGGAGGACCUGGUGCCCAAGCUGCCGUCCCCGCGAGACCUACAGCCCUUCCCUACGGCCGAGGUGCUCCAGUUCCGAGGACAUACGGACGUCGUCCGCAGCUGCGACUUCGACCCCUCGGGACAGUACGUCGUGUCGGGAAGCGAGGACGGCACUCUCAAAGUGUGGGAGAGCAGUACUGGUCGCUGUGUGCGCACGGUGUCCCUGGGAGCGGCCGUGACGCGCGUGUCAUGGAGUCCUGCAGCCGCGCUGUGCCUGGUGGCGGCGGCGGCCGGACCUCGCGCGCUGCUACUAAACGUGCAGGCGGGCGCCGGCGCGCACCGCGCCGCGCGUGCCACCGAUCGCCUGCUGGCCGAGGCGCCUCCGCAGCACGAUACUCGCAUGGACGAGCGCACGUCGUCGUGUGUGGAGUGGGAGGAGGUGGACGCGACGCAGUGGGCGCACGGCAUCAGGAUCUCCAUCAAACACUUCAAGCAGCUGGCGCACCUGUCGUGGCACGCCCGAGGCGACUACCUGGCGGCCACGGUGACGGAGGGCGCAUCUCGCGCGGUGGUGGUGCACCAGCUGUCCCGACGCCGCUCGCAGCUCCCAUUCCGACGAGCGUGCGGGCUGGUGCAGGCGGCCGUGUUCCACCCACGCCGGCCGCUGCUGCUCGUGGCCACGCAGCGCGCCGUCCGCAUCUACGACCUCGUGAAGCAGGAACUGUCCCGCAAGCUGCGACCGGGCGCCCAGUGGCUCAGCUCGCUGGCGGUGCAUCCGGGCGGAGACCACCUGCUGCUCGGCUCCUACGACCGCAAGCUGGUGUGGUUCGACCUGGAGUUGUCGGCUCGCCCCUACCGCACGCUGCGGGUGCACGGGGGGGCGGUACGCGCGGUGGCCUUCCACCCGCGGUACCCGCUGUUCGCGUCGGGUGGCGACGACGCCUACCUGGUGGUGUGUCACGGCACGGUGUACAACGACCUGCUCACGAACCCGCUGCUGGUGCCGCUGAAGCAGUUGGCGGCUCCCGCGGCGGCCGGCGCGCUCCGAGUGCUCGACCUGCGCUGGCAUCCUCACCAACCCUGGCUGCUGGCCGCGGGCGCCGACGGCACGCUGCGCCUGUACUCGUGAACCUCGCCAACUUGUAUAUAAUAAAAGAUACCACACCGAC